AUGUCUAUGGGCAACCUCUUCCAGUGUCUCACCACCGUCAUCGGAAAAACAUUCUUCCUUAUGGCCAUGAUAAAAGCCAGCCCAGCUCCUUGCUCUCUCAUCCACUUCUCUUGCCUCCUUCUCCUUGGGAGUCAGGUGCACCUCAGGCCCCAAGACAUGUCCUGCUACGACCAGUGCCGGCCCUGCCAGCCCUGUGGCCCAACCCCACUGGCCAACAGCUGCAAUGAGCCCUGUGUCAGGCAGUGCCAGAACUCCACCGUCGUCAUCCAGCCCUCUCCCGUGGUGGUGACCCUGCCUGGUCCCAUCCUCAGCUCCUUCCCGCAGAACACCGUUGUGGGAUCCUCCACCUCCGCUGCUGUUGGCAGCAUCCUCAGCUGUGACGGAGUGCCCAUCACCUCUGGCUGCUGUGACCUCUCCUGCAUCACUAGCCGCUACUGCAGCAGAAGGUACCACCCCUGCUAA